AUGCUGGGCAUCUUAGAUGUAACCUCAGCGUUCCUCCUCACGCCCAUUCCCCAGGGUGACGGGUUUCCUGUGUUUGCCCUAACGCCACCGCGCUACCUUGUGCGGCAAGGUCUUGCGCAGGAGGGAGAGCUUUGGAUCCUCACACACGCCGUCUAUGGACUCAGGGAGUCACCAAAGCUGUGGUCAGACUUUAGGGACUCUCAGCUUCUUAACCUUAGAUGCGUGGUCAACGGGGUUGAGCUGCAGCUACUCAAGGGCAAGUUAGACACGAACUGGUGGCGCGUCGUGCAAACCAGUGAUGGUCAAGUCGUGGGAGGUUUAAUCACCUACGUUGAUGACUUCCUACUUGCUGGAUGUGCUGAAGUCAUCGAGGCUCUCGCUAAGGCUAUCCAGUCGAUCUGGAAAACGACGCCCCUCACACUUGCCACGCCGCACCAGCCGUUAAGGUUUCUAGGGGUUGAGAUCCUAGUGCAGGGUUUAGGGUUUGUUCUGUCACAGCAGGCCUAUGCAGAGGAGCUGCUACGCCUCAACAACGUCAAGCCCACUGCGCUGGGGAAGAUCCCUUGCCCAAGAGACUUGGUGUCCUUUGACACUCUCCUGACGGAUGAGGCGCCCGCCGAGGAGUCAGUUCGUACAGCCCAGAGGCUGACCGGAGAAAUCUUGUGGCUGAGCCAGCGAACGAGGCCGGAUCUCGCGUUCACCGCUUGUGUCCUUGCUACGUUGAGCACAAAGGCGCCCGACAGGGCUGCACGCAUCGCUGAAAGGGCACUAGCGUACGUGCAGCAAACCAAAGCCUUUGCUCUCACUGCUGACGCAGAUGACACGGGCUUAGUUGCAUACAGCGAUGCCUCUUUUGCGCCAGAUGGCAAUCGCUCGCACACUGGUUGGGUUGUCUUCCUCUACGGUUCUCCUGUCUGUUGGCGUUCCGCUCGGCAGGCGUUUGUCACACUCAGCACUGCAGAGUCCGAGCUCGUCGCAGGACUUGAUGCCGUCGUUGCACUGCAGUCAGCAGAGGCCAUGCUGGGUGAGUUUGGGGUCUUUAACUUGGGUAAGACCUUGAAGGUUGACUCUCAGUCUGCGCUUGCUAUCGCCAUUGGCCAAGGGUCUUGGCGAACCCGCCACCUGAAGGUGCGCGCCAACUAUUUGCGAGAGCAGUAUGAGGCAGGAGAGAUAAUCCCCGUUUAUUGCCCAGGUGUGGAGCAGGCUGCAGACCUCCUCACAAAAGCGCUUCCUGCAGCGAGGAUCCUCGAGCUCGCAGCCAUUUGGGGUUUGUUCGAGCACUGUCCAGAGGACCCCCGCCAAGCGGAAGCUGUGGCUGUCGACCUGCCUACCCACCCUCAGUAUCCGCAGAUCAAGUUGCUUUUCCUAUUGCUUGCAAUGACGCAGAUCCAAAGUGCCAAGUGUCAGCCUGAGCUCUUUGAUGAAUUUGAGGGAGAUGUACAUCAGGUUGAAUUAAGCACGGAUCUCAUGUUCAUGUUGCUUGUGGGUUUUGUAGGCAUUGGUUUUAUUGCCGUGUGGGAGCUUGCCAAGUGGUGCCUGAGACGCCACUCUCUUUGCCGAAUCCACAGCACUGCCAAGCAGAGGAAAUUGCAACGCCUUCGUGACCGAACGGCCCAAGCAAUCGAGGUCAUCCAAUCUUUGCACAUUUGA